AUGAGCCUUCCCAACACCUCCUCUGCCUUUGAAGACAAGAUGUGUGAGGGGAACAGGACGACCAUGGCUAGCCCUCAGCUGCUGCCCCUGGUGGUAGUUCUAAGUAGUAUCUCCCUGGUCACAGUGGGCCUCAACCUGCUGGUGCUGUAUGCAGUGCGCAGUGAGCGCAAGCUACACACGGUGGGCAACCUGUACAUUGUCAGCCUGUCGGUAGCAGACCUGAUUGUAGGGGCCGUCGUCAUGCCCAUGAACAUCAUCUAUCUCAUCAUGACCAAGUGGUCCCUGGGCCGCCCCCUCUGCCUCUUUUGGCUCUCUAUGGAUUAUGUGGCCAGUACGGCAUCCAUCUUUAGCGUCUUCAUCCUGUGUAUUGAUCGCUACCGCUCCGUCCAGCAACCCCUCCGGUACCUGAGGUAUCGAACCAAGCCCCGCGCUUCAGCUACCAUCCUGGGGGCCUGGUUCCUCUCCUUCCUGUGGGUUAUACCCAUACUUGGUUGGCAUCACUUCAUGUCGUCAGCCCCAGAGCUUCGGGAAGACAAGUGUGAGACAGACUUCUACAAUGUCACUUGGUUCAAGAUCAUGACCGCCAUUAUCAACUUCUACCUCCCCACCGUGCUCAUGCUGUGGUUCUAUGUGAAGAUCUACAAGGCUGUACGGCGACACUGCCAGCACCGCCAGCUCACCAACGGCUCCCUCCCUUCCUUUUUAGAAAUCAAGCUGAGGUCAGAGGAUACUAAGGAGGGUGCCAAGAAACCUGGGAAAGAGUCUCCCUGGGGAGUUCUGAAAAGGCCUUCAAGAGACCCUAGUGGAGGACUGGAUCAGAAGUCAACAUCUGACGACCCCAAGAUGACCUCUUCGACUGCCUUCAGUCAAGAGGGGGAAAGGGAAACAGUCACACGUCCCUGUUUCCAUCUCGAUAUCAUGCAGACACAGUCUGUGGGUGAGGGAGAUGUCAGGGGCUCAAAGGCCAAUGACCAGGCCUUGAGCCAGCCCAAAAUGGAUGAGCAGAGCCUGAAUACUUGUCGGCGGAUCAGUGAGACAUCAGAGGACCAGACCCUAGUGGAUCGACAGUCCUUCUCCCGGACCACAGACUCAGACAUCAGCAUAGAACCAGGGCUGGGCAGAGUCAAACCAAGAAGUGGGUCUAACAGUGGUCUGGAUUACAUCAAAAUCACCUGGAAAAGGCUCCGCUCACAUUCCAGACAGUACGUGUCUGGGCUGCACUUGAACCGAGAGCGGAAGGCGGCCAAGCAGUUGGGUUUUAUCAUGGCAGCCUUCAUCCUCUGCUGGAUUCCCUAUUUCAUCUUCUUCAUGGUCAUUGCCUUCUGCAAGAGCUGCUGCAGUGAACCUGUGCACAUGUUCACCAUUUGGCUGGGCUACAUCAACUCCACACUGAACCCCCUCAUUUACCCCCUGUGCAAUGAGAACUUCAAGAAGACAUUCAAGAAAAUUCUGCACAUUCGUUCCUAA